AUGGCUGCCACCAGGCCGCUGUCCCGCUCUGGGAAGGGGAAGAACAUCGUGUGCGUGGCAGGAACUGCGGAUCGAGUCAGGGAGAUGCAGAGCGAGGUGCCGAGCGAGCCGGCGCUCUUCCUGAAGCCGGCCCGCCUACGCCCCGAGGGCUCGCGGGCCCUGAUGCCCGCCUGCAGCCGCAACCUGCACCACGAGCUCGAGCUGGGCGUAGUGAUGGGCAAGCGCGGCCGCGCCGUCUCGGAGGCCGCCGCCAGGAACUACGUGGCCGGCUAUGCCCUGUGCCCGGACAUGACCGCCAGGGAUGUGCAGGACGAGUGCAAGAAGAAGGGGCUGCCUUGGACUCUGGCCGAGAGCUUCACGGCCUCCUGCCCCGUCAACGCGUUCGUGCCCAAAGAGAAGAUCCCUGACCCUCACAACCUGAAGCUCUGGCUCAAGGUCAACGGCGAACUCAGGCAGGAGGGUGAGACAUCCUCCAUGUUUUCUGAGAUAAUGAUCUUGGAAGAAGGAGAUAUUAUCUUGACAGGGACACCAAAGGGAGUGGGACCUGUUAAAGAAAACGAUGAGACCCAGGCUGUCAUACACGGGGUCGUCAGUAAGAAAUUUAAGGUGGAAAGGCCAAAAUAUUGA